CUAUAUUAAGAGAAAGAGGAAAAUUAGGCUAAAAUGGUGGUUGGUUGAAGGUCAAAGUCAAAACCCCCACCAAUGCAUUAAAAAAUAGAAUUAACCAAAACUGCCACCAAUCAACCCCAAAAGCCAAAAGCCCUUUGGAAAAUUCCCCCACCACCAAACCAAACCUAGUCACUUUUUUUAUUUUAUUUUUUGUUUUAUUUUUGUUGUGUAAAUUCCUUUUUUUGGGUACAAAAGUUACAAAGAAUUAGGAAAGAGAAGAACAAGAAACCACAUAUCAAUUCCCUCAAAAACCAAAUCUACAAAUCAAAGUCUUCAAUUUUCUCACUCCCUUUUCAUCAAUCAAAACACUACCAUCAUAAUGAUAUUGGGUUUUUAACCUAUCAUCAUCAACACCCGUCAAAGGAUUCAAUUUGCAAACCUAUUUUCUAUCUAAGGUUUUGGGACAUUGUUGCAAAUAACAACAAAGUCUUUGAUGGUUUCCACUUUUACAUAUUAUUAUGGUGUCAGUAUUCAUUUGUAGGCAUUUGAUUUCUGGAGCUUGUGAUAGUGACUUGGGCUCAGUUACGUAGAUAGAUAGAUGGUGUAGAUAGGAAAUAAACAAAACUAGGAAUUUUUUUUAUAUUGUAAUUGACAUUUAUUUAAUGAAUUAUUUGUUGCUCAGUUGUGUGGGUGAGGUAUUUAUGUAAGGCAUGGUAUCGGCUACAAUUAGGCGAAUUGUGUCACCCUGUUGGAGGCCGUCUAUCGAGGGCGAAAACUCUGGUAGGAAUGGAGAUGGGAGCGGACGUUCCGAUGGUUUGUUGUGGUAUAAAGAUUCUGGAAGACACGCGAAUGGCGAAUUCUCAAUGGCUGUUGUUCAAGCAAACAAUUUGUUGGAGGAUCAAAGCCAACUUGAAUCGGGCCCCUUGAGUUCAAUUGAAGGAAGUCCUCGAGGAACUUUCGUUGGUGUAUACGAUGGGCAUGGAGGUCCAGAAACUGCCCGGUUCGUCAAUGACCACCUAUUUAAACAUAUAAAGAAGUUCACUUCAGAAAAUCAGGGAAUGUCAGCUGAUGUUAUCAACAAAGCAUUCUUGGCAACAGAAGAAGAAUUUCUUGCUCUAGUAAAGAAACAGUGGCUACACAAGCCACAGAUAGCAUCAGUUGGAUCAUGCUGUUUGGUAGGCGUAAUAUACAGCGGGGAGCUCUAUAUUGCAAAUGCAGGAGACUCUCGAGCAGUGUUAGGUAGAUUGGACGAUGCUACAAAAGAGAUUAAAGCGGUUCAACUAUCCUACGAGCACAAUGCUAGUUUGGAAUCUGUCAGAGAGGAGCUGCGCUCAUUGCAUCCCAAUGAUCCACAGAUCGUAGUUAUGAAGCACACGGUCUGGCGCGUGAAGGGUCUGAUUCAGAUUUCAAGAUCCAUCGGCGACGCCUAUCUAAAGAAAGCAGAGUUUAACCAAGCACCACUUUUGUCAAAAUUUCGGCUCUCGGAUACCUUUGAAAAGCCAAUCCUUAAAGCUGAACCAACAAUACAAGUACAGAAACUAGAAGCUAGUGAUCAAUUUAUUAUAUUUGCAUCAGAUGGAUUAUGGGAGCACAUGAGCAAUCAAGAAGCGGUCGACAUUGUCCAGAGUUGUCCACGUAAUGGAGUAGCGAAGAAACUGAUCAAAACAGCACUUUGCGAAGCUGCAAAGAAAAGAGAAAUGAGAUACUCGGACUUGAAAAAGAUUGACCGUGGCGUAAGGAGACAUUUCCAUGACGACAUAACAGUUAUAGUUCUGUAUCUUGAUUUGCAUAAUUCACGUGCUCCCGUUGUUUCAAUCAAAGGAGGUGGUGAUUUUGGUAUUGGUAUUGUAAAUGGGUAGUUUGAGAGUUUCCACAUCAUCAAUUGAAGUUCCCCACCACCAUCUCUUUACAUUUAUUUGUAUUCAAAGUGUAAAUUUUCCUCUCCUCCUCAUAGUCCCAUAUCAUACCUGGGAUAAUAGUUUCAAGAACAAAUUCUUUGUUAUUUUUCUUUUCCAUAUUUAGUGUUUGAUUCUUUCCCCUCAUUAUUUAAUUAUAAUUAUUAUAUUCAACAUUGUUACACUUGAGACUCGACCUCAUAAAUCAUUGUUAUAAAAGCUAUGUUUCAAA